UUUGCGUCCGAGUCGCCCAACCAGCUGGAGGUCUUGUGCUUUCGACCGGCAACCAACCGUCUUAGCAACACACACACACACACACACGCACUUCUAUUACUAUAGACACUCGUGAGGCAAUGUGCAAAUUCACCAACCGUCUCUUUGUCUUCACGCUGCUGGAACUGCUGGCCUUGGGAACGCUGAAUGCGCCUGUGAAUGCAGCAGCUAUGCGAGCCCAGCACCGAAGCGCUGCAGAUCCGAAAUUUUUGGAUCUUCUCUCGCUGAACGAAGACAACAACAACUACGAUCUGCAUUACGAUCAGCGACAGAAGGGCGAAGAGAAUUUGCAUGUGCGCAUGAAUGGAUUCUUUAUCGAAAUGCCCGAUGCCGAAGACACAGAUGUGAGCGACGAGUUGAAGGAAUUACUGUACUAUGCCAUACUCCUUGGUGGGAGCGAAGAAAUGUUUAAGCAUUUGGUAGAAAACAAAAUAAGCACCACUCCAACACCCGCCAGCUUGACUUUGAGUGAUUUUGGACUUUUGAAUAAAAACCAAUUGGACUCGGAACGGCAUGCCAUUGGUCAGCAGAGAGAGGACCCGGAAGCAGCAACCAAACAUAAGGUAGAAGGCAGAAAUGCGAAUCCCCUACAGGGAAGUAGUUUGGUGGCCGUAAAUCGGGAGCCAGAGUCGAAACGCGUGGGAUUGAUCACAAAACAACACUUCAACACUUUGCUGAGUUUGCUGAAACGAAUGCGCCGCAAUUGAUCUUCGGAAACUGCUUCACAUUUACUAAUUGGAGUUAGCAUAUAAGAAAGAGUGUAAAACAUGUACUGUUUUUUUUUUAUUAAUAUCGAAUAUAUAGUACGUACAAAAAGUGAAUGUAGCUACAUAUAUGUGAAUGUUAAAGGAAAGAGCUAAAGACUGAUGUAUUAAUUUGUAAUCAUAUUUUUUUAAAAUAAAGGCAUACUUACGUAUUACUAAGUACUAAA